CUCCCUCCACUUCUCUGAUAUGGCCGCACCGACCUCCCCAGCGAUUCCCACCGCGCGCCCGACGGCGCCCCUCCCGACCAUGGAGGACAUCAUGGCGUCGUCGCGCGCGCAGAGCAUGCGCGUGUGCCUUCGCACGGCCGGGCCCUUCUUCCGCGUCACGGCCACCCGCGGUGAGGGUGGGGAGGCCGUGGAGCUUGGCCGCGCCCAGGGCGGCAUCCGCCCGUGGCCUGGCGGCGCCGUGCUGCACCUCGACUCCAUGCGCAUGACGCGCGCCACGCUGAGCGUCCCGGACCGCCCACUGUUCGGCCUGGGGAUGUUCCUCGGUGCCGUCGCCGUGCGGCACGGCUUCGACGCCGGGUGCAAGCGCGCCGAGCUGCUCGCCAUCAACGACACGCCGCUGUACCACGACAAGCUCGUUAGAUUUUACAUGAGGAUGGGUUUCAAAGCAGUUCAUGAGGUUGAUGGAUCAUCAAUCAGUGAUCUUGGUCACAUGUUGGUGUGGGGAGGUAGGGGUACUAGAAUGGAUGCUGAUAUUGAAGAGCUUCUUAUUAAGUGGGGAAACAGAUUCAGACUACAAGACUAAAAGGUGGAUGGUAAUACUGAUAUGUUUUGUCGAGACAUGCAGUUUUUGCAGCAUGCCGCAUACAAAUCUUGUUUGGAUGCAAUAAGGUACAAGCCUUGCUUCAACCUUUCUUAACAUACAAUUACUGUACAUCAAGAUCUUGCUAUGUUUCAGUUCUUCAGUAUAUCCAAUUGAAUUUGUUAUGAAGUUAUGUGAACACAUAAGGUUAUUUCCUUAUAUUCUAAAAUAGUGGUUAGCUAUUGCUUGAUUGGGAAGUGUGAUUACAUUUUCCAACAAGGGCUGGCCAUUUUAUCUUGAUUGAAAUGGUGGAGUGAAUAAAUUUCCUCAGGGAAUUUUAGGAUUCUGAAGGAGGUCGGCCCAAAAUUUUCCCAUUUAAAUAGAGCUACGAGGUUAUGAGAAGGGUGUAUUAAAUUUUUAAUUACCCUUCAUCUCUUAUACAACUAAUGAGUUGACAUGUCAUAUUUAAAGUCAAUUCAUGCACAAGGGAAAUAGUGUAGUAGUUCCUGGUUAAACAUCCUAUGACAUUUAUGGACUAACAAUUGUUAGGUGUGUAAUGGCAUGACCUAGUGAAUUUUUUGAUAAUAGAACAAAAUUUUAGCCUCUACCAUCAGGGAUGGUAGACAGGUGAGCGUCAACGACAAAGCCAAGCCAUAAGGCUCAAUUCUUACAACCUAACAGGGAAUAGAAAAGCAAAAAGCAACAUAGGUUACAUAGAUCGGAGUGCUGUAUGUGUUCCAUUUAGUUUCUGUUGUCUCCUCUGUUUUUUGACUGCAUUCAUGAGUACUCAUAUGCAAUCCUUUGAUGGUGACAUGAAACUGACCCAAUUGUCAUAUUGUCCGAUGGAAAUCGCAGCUUAUCUAGGAUGGAUCUAUUUUUACCCCUGGUGCUUUGACAAUGUGAUCGCUGCUAGGAGCAUAUAUGGAUUUGUACUUGUAUCUUAGACAAAAUGACACUCUGGUCCUUUUUUCAUUUGAAGCAAUAAAUCUUUGUGCUGGUGGUGUCAGCUGCCAACAAUGAUUCUUGUCAUGAAACUCUGCGAUAAUAGCCACUUGGAAGAGCAGUCUAUACUUAAGUUUUUUUUUGAUAUUGGGGAUACUCUCCGGCCUCUGCAGCAAGCACUGACACGAUGAUUGUUUAUUUUCUUAUGUUGGACUUUGACCUCUGAACUUCAUUAUCAUGCUACUGUAAGUGUAAGGUAACAAUUUAGUAUUUUUGUUAUGAGCAAAAAGUUUUGUUGUCCGUC